GUUGACACACUUGUUAUGAUGUACAAAACUCACUGUCAGUGCAUUCUUGACAAUGCCAUCAAUGGAAAUUUUGAAGAGAUUCAACACUUUUUACUGCACUUUUGGCAAGGUAUGCCUGAUCAUCUGCUCCCUCUCCUUGAGCACCCUGUAAUCACUGACAUUUUUUCUGUUUGUGACUCGUUACUGUACAAGGUUCUCACUGAUGUAUUGAUUCCUGCAACCAUGCAAGAAAUGCCUGAAAGUUUGCUGGCUGAUAUAAGAAAUUUUGCUAAACAUUGGGAACAGUGGGUUGCUUCAUCACUAGAAAAUCUUCCUGAUGCACUUUCAGAAAAGAAAAUCCCUAUUGCUCGAAGAUUUGUUUCUUCUUUGAAGCGUCAGACAUCAUUCUUACAUCUUGCACAAAUUGCCCGUCCUGCACUUUUUGAUCAAAAUACAGUGAACUCCAUGGUGUCUGACAUUGAAAAAGUCGAUCUGAACAGUAUUGGUUCUCAAGCACUUCUUUCUGUUGCUGGAAAUACUGAAUCAGAUGUUGAAGCAUACUCAGAAUAUGAUUCAAUCACAGUUUUUCAAGAGCUUAAAGACCUGUUAAAGAAAAAUGCCACAGUUGAGUCAUUCAUUGAAUGGUUGGAUACUGUUGUUGAGCAAAGAGUCAUUAAGCCAAGCAAACAAAAUGGAAGAUCUCUGAAAAAGAGAGCUCAAGACUUCCUUUUAAAAUGGAGCUUUUUUGGUGCUCGAGUAAUGCACAACCUCACACUGAACAAUGCUUCGAGUUUCGGUUCUUUUCAUUUGGUGCGAAUGCUUCUUGAUGAAUACAUUCUGUUAGCUAUAGAAACACAGUUCAAUAAUGACAAAGAACAAGAACUGCAGAACUUACUGGAAAAGUACAUGAAAAGUGCAGAUGCUAGUAAAGCAGCAUUCUCUGCCUCUCCUAGCUCAUGUUUUCUGGCAAGCAGAAGUAAAAGUGGUUCGCUUUCAACUGAGACAGCAGUUAAAAAUGAGUUACCUUCAGUUCAAGCUUACCAUUUGAAUGAAAAGUCACACAUAAAUCCUGCAUGCGAGGAUGCUUUCUCCAGUGGAACUACAAAUGAUGUACAGCUCACAGGUCAAGUUGAGCUUCCUCAGGGAUCAACAAAUUUAAUGACUCCUCCUGUCUCUCCUGCAAUGGUCAACAGAGGAAGUGUAAUAAAUCAAACAAUGGCUGGAAGACCUCCAAGUGGUAAUUCAGUCAUGUCAACACAUUUUCACUGCAUUUCUUAUUCUGAUCCUAUUUAUCAGACAUUGGCAUCAUCGAAUCAGAACUACUAUGGAACCACCUCACCAUAUCAGUCUACAUUCCGGUCUCAGACACAUCUUUCUAAUGCUGUUUAUUCACCCAGAAGUGAUCCUAGUCAGUACAGUGCAUUCAAUGAGCAGCAGCAGCAUUCUCCGGACUAUUUCCAUAGUGGUUGUGCAGUCUCUCCUUACAGCUGCCGAUCUUCCUCCAACUAUGGACAUUCGUCAGGAGCUCAGGACACUCACAGCAUGCAGCUACUAAACUCAGCUGCCUUUAAUUUUCUGGGCAAUUCAGCAACUGCUAGUUGUCAAGGAUCCUCCUUCUCUACAAAUGUUCCAAAUGCAUUCUAUGGCACUAGUAACUACACAGAAUCCAACAGACCAAACACACUGAUAGACCAACAUGUUUCUGUUAUCAGCAGUGUCAGCAGCUUACGAUCAGAACCCCCAUACAGUGACAUCCAUGACCCCCUCAAUAUUUUAGACAGUGGUGGGAGAAAACAAGCAGGUACAUUCUAUACACAUUUGCCACCACCAAUGGCCUGUCAGAAUCAUGCUGGUUCAAAUAUGCCAGCAGUCAUUUCUGGAUCUUCAUCGCAGUGCAUGUAUGGGGCAUCAAACCAAUAUAGUUCUCUGCAAAGUAUGGAUCUUCGCAGGCCGUCUAAUGAAGUUAAUGACAUGGUGUCCUCUUUACCUCCUAUCAACACUGUUUUUAUGGGAAACACUGCAGGAACCACAUAAACUGAUGCUUAAUUGAAAAACUGCUGCAGAUGCUCUAGUUUGGGGACAUAAUAGAUAUUUUCCCACCAGUAACAACUAUGACAAUUAAAAGAAUUUUACAGUGACAAAUAUGAACUCAUCAGAGCCAUUAUACUACAAAAAGGCAUCAUCUGUUGUCAUAAAAUGCAUAUCAUAAGUCAUAGUUUUAUCAUUUCAGUGAAUACUGUACAAUUUCUAAUAUACAGUUUAUAAUUUAAAAACCCAUUUCCAAUGCAGUUGUUAAUGUCUCUGACUUACAGAAAUAUCAUCUGCCAUUACUUGCACCUUCUGACUUAUGAAAUUAUGAUCUAUUUAAUAUUCCAUUGUCUUAUUUAUUUUCUUUAAUAAAUUCUGCACUGUCUUUUGAGUUAGCCAUAUCAUAACAAGUCUCUGCCUCUUGUUAAGAAUAAGCUUAGAAAUUCAAGGUUUUCAAAAUAAAAGAGUACUUUGG